AUGGCCGCUUCGAUGUCUAUAUUAUCACAAACAUUGCAAUCAAUUACCAAAACAAAGAUCGAAGAACUUAUUUCCCAGCGCAAGUCCUUCGAGAACGUUAAGGGCAAGCUCCUUGGCUCCGUUCGCCCUGAAGACCACGAUGUUCGAACCCGCGUUGCUCGACUUCAUGACGGCGUAGAGAAGCUGGAGCUCUGGAGCUGGAGUGCCUUGAACAAUAUCCGACGCUGGCUAGCACAAUCUCGGUAUGACUCCACUGUCACGGAUUCGAUGUUACUCAAGUUCGAGGACCAACUACGCUCCAAACUGGACCAGCAGAGCCGCAAGCUUAACUUGGCCUACCUUUACUCGCAACUUCUAAUUGAAUGGACCGAUGCUUCCGAGGAAGAGUUGGUCCCCGAACUAUCAAAGUUUGAAAAACCCACCCACGAUGACGAUUUCAAUGUGGUUCAUGAUUUCCAAAACGAGCGGUUCCAGCAGCUGAGGGAGAGCUUUGAGAAUGUCGUGUUCGAGCCCUUGGACACUAACGAGGAAAAAAUCACCAAACACCUUUCCUCACUCUUCGCUGAUGACCAUGGGAAAAAGCGACUUGAAACCCUUCGAGCCCAUAUCAGCGCGAACGGGCGAAUGUUGCUGGGAAACAGGCGGCCGAUUAAGCUAGGGGAGCUCAAGCUAUGCAUUAAAUCCCUGUUAAAGAACGAUCUACUACAGGAGGAGACAGCGGCUACGCUACGUAACUUCUUGCGUGACGAUACUGUACUGGAAGAGAUCCGAGAUGUCUUGAACAUGAGAUAUGCAAACCUAGACAAAUGGUCUUGGAACUUAGGCUCCCGAGGAAUGCCUGUUCGGCCGCGCCAAAGUUUGAAUGGAAAAUGGCGAGUGGUGAUAGAUGAGGAUGUGUUACAAACUCUGCUUGUUCACUACAUCGGACAUAAAUGGGCAUCGCCAGUCAAGCAUGCGCUGAAGGGGGCGUUGCACACACCCAGAGAUCAGGUAAAUAUACCUCGGGAGCAGCUAAAUAGGCGGUAUUACUAUCUUGGUGACCAUGCGCUGGAUCCUCAAUUUACGUUUAAUGUCGAGCAUCACCGACGAAGCGAUUUUCAACAACACUUCUUCUUGUCAACGCUCCCUUCAAAGCCUUUUGGGGACGCUGCCUAUGAUGACGACGAAGUGGCUGAAGAUAGCGAUGAUGAAGAGGAAGCCGACAAGUUGUCACCCGUCGGUGUAAAGCAGCUCCUCAUCCGGACCUUAGCCACGGAGGUCCUUGUGAAAAAAUCAAUUGAGGGGGAGGUGGCCGUAAUCCAGAGUGAUUUCCAGUGGUUUGGAACCGGAUUGACCCAUACUUCCAUCUUUGCAUGCUUAAGGUUCUUGGGGUUCCAAGAAGAAUGGGUGACGUUCUUUGAGAAGGCUAUCCAGCCUCCACUAGAUAUGAUGAAUGGUGGCCCUGUCCGAAAGAGAGCGAGAGGGCUUCCUAUGGGUCAUAUCCUGGCAAAGCUGCUUGGAGAAGUUGUCCUUUUUUUCAUGGACUUGGCUGUCGAGAAAGAUGCAAAUAUGCUUCUCUAUCGUUUCCAUGAUGAUUUCUGGCUGUGCGGAAAGUCUGAGCAGUGUGCAGACGCAUGGACAGCUAUGCAAAAGUUUGCGGAUGUAAUAGGCUUGGUGUUCAACAAGAGAAAAACCGGCUCAGUAUAUCUUGUGGAUACCAAGGUCAAGAAGAUACAACCAGAGAUCAUGAAGAAACUCCCAGAUGGACCAGUGACGAUAAACUUCCUUACCUUGGACCCUGGUACCGGAAAAUGGAUUGUGAACAAGGACCACGUCAAACAGCAUGUAAUGCAGCUGAAGAAACAGCUAGAUGAGUGCAAGAGUGUGUUAGCAUGGGUGGAAACCUGGAAUAGCUGCAUUGGUCGAUUUUUCAGCUACACAUUUGGCGAACCAGCAAACUGUUUCGGUCGCGAGCACCUCGACUCAGUGCUUGAGACACAUAAAUAUAUCCAAUGCCUCAUUUUCGAUGGGAAAAAUGGCAACGGACUGAACGCAACGGAUCAUAUUUUCCAGAUGAUCUCAAAACGGUUCGAUGUGCAUGGCAUCCCUCAUGGGUUCCUUUACCUUCCAGAAGCAUUCGGUGGCCUAGGGUUAGUUAAUCCGUUCAUACCGCUGACCCUCGUUGACGAUGGCGUUUGCGAUGACCCUGUUGAGCGCAUCCAUGCAUUUCUCGAGAAUGAACGCACGUUUUACGAAACAGCUAAACGGGAGUUCGAAGGCCUGUCUGAGUUCGAGCGCCGUCAGCGGUUUAGAAAGUCCUUCCCGCUAGACGAGGAGGCUAAGCACAGCAGCCUUUCAUGGGAUGAUGCACAGCAUUUCUUCAGUUUUGAAGAAUACUUCAAGUGGUAUGAAAAACCCCAUGUUCAGUUUUACAAUCUCUACACAUAUCUGCUGGAGGCCGCGGUCAAGGAGGAGCUGGAUUUCCUGCCCCACGUCAAGGCUGCGUUGCUUGAUUUGGCUCGCACUCGAAAGCAGCCAGAGAUGAGUCCUGUAAAUAUGUCAUUGGAGGUAAAAUGGGCGGUUCAGCUAUACGCUGACGAGCUGUUCGAGAAAUGCGGCGGGCUUAGCAUUGUUGACAAAUCCCUGUUACCGUUGGGUGUUUUAAAAGCAAUGCGAUCUAGGCGAGUAAAGUGGCAGAUGUCACUUUAA